AAUAGUUCUAGCCAGGAGACUCACUACACAUAUGUGGAUAACACGGAAAAAGAAAGGCGAGAGGCACUGGAAAGAGAGGCAACAAGGCUGGAGAAUGAACGGAAGCGCCGUGAAAAAGAAGAGAGGGAGCGUUUAGAAAAAGAACAGCAACAGGAGGAAGAGGGGCGACGAGAAGAACUCAGGCGACAGCUGCAAAAGGAAAAAGAAGAAGAAGAAAAGAGAAGAAAAGAGGACGAACAAAAAAGUUUGCAAUUUGAGGCCGAACUUUGCCGACGUCGGCAUGAGUUGAAAAAUUACGAAUUUGGUGACAAGAUUAAACUGGAUAGUUUCCUGGGAUUGGAAAUUGAUGACGUAACACAGCUUAGGAUCGGUGUGUUUGGAUCCGCGGGUUCGGGGAAGAGUUGUUUCAUCAACACAGUUGAACGAACAGUGAGGGAAACAGCCAAAGGGACCGUGCCGGACCAGACCAAAGGAGAGGAGGGGACCAUUAUACUCCAGGACUACCUGCCAGAAUUGUUCUUUCACUUGGUGGACACCCGGGGUUUCUUCAAAUACGACUCUGAUGAUAUUGUCGAAUUUCAAAAUGUUCUGAGUGGGAAAAUUCAGCCUGGUGAUAUCAUCUUCCGCCCUAAAAAAGGCCAACUCAACCAACAAGUGCUGCAUCGAUGCCCAGCAUUUGGACAGAGACUGCAUGGUGCUAUUAUUGUUGUGAAAGCCAAGGACCCGAGACUGAUCAAAGGGGCUUUGAGGGACUACUGGAAGCCAUUUCAAGAUAACCUGCGUCAAAAUGGUAUUUCACCCAUCACUGUAAUUACUCACACCGACAAACUAAAAGGUCAGAAAGAGAUGGAUGAGGCUCGGGAGGAUGCAUAUAAAGCUACCAGAAGUUCGCCAAGUAAUACAUUCUUCAUGUGGAACUACACCAAAGACAACAGUGCACGAAACCCGGAAAUUGAGCGAAUGACAUUCGACAUCUUACACUAUGCUCUGAUCACCGCGGAAAGAGCUGUGAAGCAAAUGAAGCAUCGAGAGAGAAACAAAAGGGAAGAUGAGAUGAUGAAGGCACUGCAAAGCAUUUCAGUCAGUGGACAAGUGGCACCUGACUCUCCCGACGCUUCAGUGGAAGUGUUCCUGCGCUUUCUCCAGCAGGAAUACGGUUGGAGCACAACGAACAUUGUAAGGAUAUCGAACCAGUUAGUCAAAGAUGACAUAACAAGUGUCAGUUUGCUUGCACAGUGUUGGAGUCAUGUCCAAGACCAUUUUCCAAGUGGCAUGAGCAGAAUGAUUCAAAAAGAGCUGAGGAAGCGAGGGAUGUUAGCUUGAACAAGUUGAUCUUCACUGACCACCCAAACUGACAGCAAACUGCUUUUAGAAGUAUGUUCGUUUAGAAUUAUGUGCAUAUAUAUAUAAAUACCUUUCACCAGAUAAUUUGCAAGUUAAGUAGGCAAAAAUGACCCAAACAGAAUCGAGGAUGCUCCUUAAUGUAUAAUAAUAUAAUUUAUAGAAUAAGGCAACUCCGCUAAAAGUGGAUCUCUUACUAGUUAGAUUAUUCAAAAGAUUAUGGACAGAUUAUAAUGUCUUGGUUUAUUUUAUUCCCAUCACUUUAUUAUAACUCCUUACUGGCUGUUAAAGAGCUUAUCCACGGGAAUAUUGAGGAACCAGCCUUCAUGUUGAGGAGGGCAUGGAGUCAAGAGUUCUUUAGUACUAAAAGGACAGCCUUAAAAUUACAAAAUUAAAGAAAUGUUUAUUUCACAACCAUCAACUGGUUUUCCCACUGCAAGAAUUUAGUUAGAUUUUAAUCACUUUAUGAUGUAUAUUUGAAAGCAUCAUUCUCUUUAAUUUUGAUUUAUUAUUAACAUAAUUAUGUAAACCCAAUCAGUACCAUAUGGGUGAGAAAAACAGAAAAUGAAUAAUGAUAACUGUAAUUAUACUCUUUUUUGGCGUUCUUGCGUCAAAUAAAAUUUAAGUUUUCAUAUAUUAACUUAAAUUCAUAAUUCAGACAUUUGCUUGAUUAUACCUCUUUACAAGGAAGGAAAAGCAAAUGCCAUUUAUGAACUGUCAAAGGUUAUAUGUGCAAAAAAGUAAACAAAAUAAAUUUGAAAAAGUG